CCACCGGAGAGAACGCGAUCCGUACGUCCUGCCGGCGGCGAGCUCCGGCGCCGGUACCCAGCACGAUUUCCCAGUGAUGGCCUUGUCGAAGCCGCUCGCCGCGCCGGAAGGGCGCACCAUGCCCGCUCUGGCCGCCUCGAACGCCGGCGUCCUGCCCGCGGACGCCGUCUACGAGAUCCUGCUGCGCGUCCCGGCCAAGGACCUCUGCCGCUUCCGCGCCGUCUGCCGGCCGUGGCGGUCCCUCCUCUCCGACCCGCACUUCAUCGCCGCGCACGCGGCCCAUCACCCUGGGCCACUGAUCGUCGCCGGCUGCCACACGACCAGUCCGGAACAUGUGGGAUCCUUUGCGACAUCAUGGACCUCUCUGGGCGCGUCGUUAAGCGGGCAGUUUAGUUGUGGUUCACUGCCAUCAUCCAUGGACUUAUGGUUUCUGAUUGACCUUGAGAAGCAAUUAUGGGUCAAACAGCAUAGCAUAAACGUUAACUUGAGUGUCAUGCAUGCCGAGCAGAAAGUCUUACCAUCUGCUGCUGCAUCUUAUGCUUUUAUCUAG